AACUCCCAUCCAAAUAUUCUCAUCGUCGCUGGCAUCAUCGAAAAAGAUGUUUCCUAUGGCGGCACUCUUGACAAUAUGCCUGCUCUUGUCUCUUUUAGCCGACAACACGGACGGCGCAGGUCCGGAAAUGGACGACAUGAAUCUAGGCCUUGGACGUCGUUUGCGGUUCCGGAACCCAUCUACGAGUCGCCUUUGGCGAAUAACCGAGCCAAUGAAAAACGACUUUGAUGAAAACGCCCCAGAACUUGUCGGCGGUCUGCGUUAUUUGACCUUGGGUGGACCUUCUACCUUCGGAAGAGGCCUUGGUGAGAAAAGAACGUCGGAAGCAUAUCCCUACCUACUGUCUUCGGAGGGUACGAUUGGGCAAGAACGCGUUCGCAAUGUGGCCCAGUCGCAGUACGAAACGGGAGAUUUGGCGUUUGCAUCGCUGUGCACGCAGUCGCUUGUAGAAGGCGAGAGUGCGAGGGAGCGAGCGAAGGAGGGGUCAUCUUUGGAAUCAGAGAUCGACAGCCACUUGGACUCUUCCUCUUGGUCGUCUUCUUCUGUUGCUUACGAUGUUAUCACCCUGGAAUAUACGAAGGACGGCACUAGUGAUGUUGCUUCGGCUGCAUAUACGUCGUCGAUGAAUUUGUUGACGCGACGACUUCGAAAACGGUAUCCGCUUUCUACAAUUGUUGUUGUCCAGCUAUGGAGUCCAUUGGAUUUGGUUUACUACGACCCCGUAGCCAACCGAAAUGUAUCCUUUGCAGAAUGGAGGAAUCGUAAGGAACAGAACAAUCAACAGUAUCAGGACAAAAAUCGUUUAAAAAUGAAGAAACAAAAGAAGCUUUCGGUGGAGGCGAUGAAGGAGCAUGUUUGGACCUUCCGAGAUUUAUCACCGGCAGAGCAGCAGCGAAGCAACGACCUAGAAAAUAUGGUCGUUAUCGAAGAGGGAGAAAUAUACCGAAUGUCUCGCCCGAGAAACAUCAACGAUUCUUUAGAUAUAAUAAUGGAUUGGUUCCUCGAGGAAGAAAUCAAGGCAGAGGACGAGGAUAAUACAUCUUUGUCUCUUCACUAUACUCUUUCUCGACGAGGCCAUUCUGUGGUAGCAGCAGGACUACGGGAUGUCCUGGCGCUAUCGGCUGUUCCUCGAACAAGGCAAAACGAUUCUGGUGCAUUUCAAGUACAAUCUGCCCCUCGCCAGUAUCUCGGAUCUUGGGGAUCGGGCGACUCGUGCCAACUCUGGUAUAGGACGGGGAAGGAUCGCAUUCCCGACUCACUAGAAUACUCGAUCGGAUUGAAGUCUGAGGAAUUUUACCCCAAACAAUACGCAUUGGAGGUUGUGUCUUCGAAAGGGGGCACCUUAACCGUGUACAAUCAUUUUGACGAGGAUAGAAUUGUGUACCUGACCUACCUUACGACAUCGGCCAGGGCAGCCGCCAACAAGGUCUACCCUAAAACAAAGGUAUCAAUGGUCAAAGAGCCGAUGCAGACCGGACAUACCACCAUCGUCCUUGAUCCCGCUCACGACGACAACAGCGACGUCAUGCACCGAACGAGGACCUCGGCUGUCGGCCUGGUCAAAGCUCGUUCGAAAGGGAUACUGGAGUUCACCCCGCUCGAGGAAUAUACCGUACAUCACUUUCGAAUCGUGGGGAUCUCCUUCCUGACGAAAGAAAAGACGCCACACGAUGUACCGUUCGAGUUUGCCAUUUCACCGAGGAAAUUGCUCAUCAGCAAAUCGGACGAUGCGAUUGCUAAUGAGGAUAUGGAAGGGGAAGAGUAAUAGACAUGUUUUGAAAUGAGAGGAGAGAGAAUGCAUCUCAUUCUAGCAUUAUUGCGUCAGACAA